GGCCCAAAGAAAUGUGUUUGGAUGUGAGAAUAUCUCUGUCCGAGUGAAAGAUAAUGUCAUCCCGAAAUACCAGGGCAACACAAAAGCCCUAACAAUUCCUAAUCUCAACCAGCAACGAUGGAUGAUUGUUUCAGAGUUCGAGUUGACAAAAUAUUCGGCUCUCUUUCUUCAUCAACAUCUCGCAAUCUCAAUUGCUUGUGGUGCCUCACAGACAACGAAAUUGAAAAGAAUGGCUGGAACCGGGCCAAGGAAGAACCCGAAACCGAAUCGAAAUCGUUCUUCGGUAACGCUGGAGAGAAGAAGAAAGCGGAGCGGUUCAAUCCAAAGCUUGAGAAGGACCUGUUAGACCUGGACGAUGAUAGAGACGACGAAGCAGAGGCACGUGACUCACGUGCUUCGUCGAGCCGGUCUGCGAAGGGAGAUGAUUAUAACGAUGAAGAAUGGGAGAUAAAAUGCAACAUUGGCUUGGAUUGUUCGCUUGAUUUCGAGGAAGAGGAAGAUCAGUUUGACAAAGUGGCUGUUGGCAUGGAAAAGACUGGAGAUCGCUUAUAUAUGAAGGAUGUAAAUGACUAUGUGACAGAUGCAGAUUGUUGUGAUGAACUUCCAGAUUCAGUAGAGAAUUUCUCUAGGGAUCCUCGUGCCAAUCAUAUUACUGCGAAAAUUCGACUGAAAGAAGAUGCAGAAGCUGCUAAGAAAAUUGGCUUUUUAUGGGUAACUGAGAAAGAUGCACCUUCUGUUAUGGAUGCUUAGAAUAACAGAGAGGAAGGUAGCUUGAAGUCAAUUCUGAAGAGGGGAGAUAACCCUUCUGAUUCAAAGCCUGGAAAGCGGGUUCGGUUUGAAUCUGGAUUUAAAGACAGGGAUAAUGAGAGAACUGACAGGGAAGAAGUUAUAGUCUCUAACGAAGCAUUUACUUAACAGCCAGAUUAUCCUUCAGGGAUUCCAGAUUACAUGCGCAAUCCUUCGAAGUAUGCUCGUUAUACCUUCAAUUCAGAUGAUAUAGAUGAUAAAUCUAACGCACAAGCCUAUAUGGACUUCCUCAAGAUGAUAAAGAAAAAUACUGCAGAAUCGCCAGAUGAUUGCCGGGAACUUCCCAAUACAGUUGCCUUUCUUCCAAGAAGAAAAACAGGUGAUGCUACAUUGACAGAGAAUAAUACCAAGUCAAAGCAAAAUGAAGAUGAUGUUAGUAAGGAGUCAAUGCAUAAGAGAGGCUUGCCUUUAGGCAUUCCUGCUGCUGAUGAAGUAUGUGCCAUGGAUGAAGAUGAACCAGAAACAGCUGCUAAGAAAACCAUUGGUUCAAAAAAACCAGGCCGGCAAUAUCGGAUUAAAGUCAUGUCAGAUACGGAAUAGACCAACUGUUUGCCAGAUGAACACCGUGACACUUUUUUGAGGUGCCAUUUUAACUUUUCAUUUAAUAUUUUUAAUUGUGUAUGUAUAUAUUUACAUUUGGAUCAGCUGUUCCGAAGUAUGUAAUUAAAUUCCCAGUUUCUUUCCAUUAAAUUAUGAGAAAUCCGAUAUUAACGAUGGGAACAUAAA